AUGAAGAUAUCAAAACAGUCCAGCAUCAGCUUGUUCUUUGACAAAUGGGACGAGGAGGCCGGAAAUGUCAUUCGGUUUUUGACGACCGUGGCGCAGCACGAUCCCGUACUGAAGCGGUGGCUCGCCCGGCGCAAGGAGAGCCGGAUGCACUUCACCAGCCCAGAGGCACUGGCGGAGGUGCAGCGGCAGCUGGCUCAUGCCGUGAUCAGGAGGGUGGUGGACGAAUGCUACGACGGCGCUGCCAACAUGGCCGGCGCUUUCCGAGGCGUGCAGGCCAGAGUGAAGGCGGUAGAGCCGCGCGCAGUGUUCGUCCACUGCACGGCCCACCGCCUGAACCUGGUCUGUCAGGAGGCACUGAACGGCAUGCGAGAGGUCCGGGACGCCAUCCAGGAGCGAGGCGUGCCUCCGGCGUUCCUGACCUCCGUGGUCAAGCAGUACGGGCCCCUGGUGACCAGCGUUAAUGAGCUCGCGGACGAGGCUAAGGUGACCACACCCGCCAUGCGCACUAUGCAGGGACAGUCGCAGUCGGUGUCUGCCAACCUGGGGGUUGCACGUGCUGUCAGGGAUGUCGUCCUGUCCCAGCGUGACCGCUUCGAACGCCUUUGGGCGGAGCUGACGUCCGACGCGGAGCGCCUGGGAGUGGGGUGUCCCGGGCUGCGACGCCCGCUUCGACCACCUCGGCGACUGGACGGGGGCUCCGAGCCGCACCAGCAUGCCUGUCCCAAAGGCCGUUACCGCCAGGCGUACUGCGAAGCCGUCGACUGGUUGGCCGGCUCCAUCAGCGGUCGGUUCGACUCAGAUGAGCCCACUCUAGCCACGGCCGAAAAAGCGCUCCUUACGGCGGAAGAGGACGCGCUGGUGGCAACCGCCACCUUCUACAACCUGGACCUGGAGCGACUCCGCCUCCACUGCCAGAUGUUGGUGGAUGUGGCGUCAAGCCAGAGAAAGGCACCACUGACCUCCCUCGACGACGUGGUGGCCCUACUGAGCGAUGAGGGCCUGCGGCAGGUGCUGCCAGCCGCUACCUCGCUGCUGCGUUUGGUCCUGACCGCCCCAGCAACAUCGUGCACGGCAGAGCGGGCGUUCAGUCUUCUUCGUCGGCUGAGGGGAUGGCUGCGCUCUACCCUAGGCCAAGAACGGCUAAAUCACGCCGCAGUGCUGGCCACAUACCCAGACAUGGUGGACGCCCUGGAUCUACAGGCCGAACUGAAGCAGCUCGCCUCAGCGUCAAGGUCAGCAGCAGUGGCGGCCGACCUCAGGUGGGUGACAUAG